AACUCUAUGCUCUGCGUCCACUGAAGUGUCCAUCGUUCAACAGCGGUGUGUAGCUUGUGUGGUCAGCUUAGGUCGGCGGUGUUUUCUCGCCGUAAUCGGAGUCGUCUGUGCGUCGUGGCUAUCGGCGCGUGUGUGCGAACGUCGCUCGCUUGCAACUGUACUACUGUCGAUGAUCCCUCGAUCUCCUCGUCGCCGGUGCCGCCAGCGCACUUGCCAGCGAGCCAUCCGAGCACAAACGACGCCGCCACCUUCGCGGCGUGGUCUGUCACGUAGGCCAGCGCAUGUGUGACCUCUCACAAUCACUAUGGCAUCCGUGCGGGGCCAAGUUGUCCAGCUGUACAAAAACCUGCUGCACCUUGGGCGUGACUACCCGAAGGGCUACGACUACUUCCGGAGUCGACUGAAGGCUGCGUUCCUCAAGAACCGCGAUGUCAAGGACCCUGAGCAGUUGACCAUGCUGCUUGCCAGAGGACAGUAUAUCAUCAAGGAGCUCGAGGCCCUCUACAUGCUCAAGAAAUACCGUACCCUGAAGAAGCGCUACUACACCGACACUCCUUAAUAAACUACUUUGUUUUAGUGCUCACA